AUGGACAGGAGGUUUGGAUUCUCCAAUAGCACAUCCUUCGGAUCCUUGAGUUCCUUGGAAUCCUUGGGGGAAAAGAGUCCAGGGGUUGGUGAAUUGCCUUUUGCUCAAUCAAGUCCUUAA